AUGGUGGACUUGCGCGUCCAAAACACGCAACGUUACCGACGUAAGUGCUGUGCUCUCCGUUUGAAAAGACGCAAGACGCCCAACACUUUCCAUGUGUGUCCACAGCGCAAGAAAACGGAUACUAAGCUCUUAGGUCUCACCCGCAGCUUAGGUCUCACCCGCAGUAUUCCUGUGAGCACGGAAUUGUUGCCAGUCAGUCAGUUACUGGACCCCGUCUUUUCGCACGAAAAUUUUAAACAUGUCGAAUAUUCGCAGUCGUUUUUGCUUAUAGAGGGGUUCGUCACUGGUGCUGUGUUCACAAGUAUUUUCUUGAACCAGGCGGAACGCUGGAGAAAAUACAAACCUAACAAUGGAAUAACUUCAGCACUCCGAAGUACCAUCGACUAUUUGGAAGCCCAGGGCCCCUCUGGUGAUUUUCCUAAGCAGUUGGGCCGAGAUGUGCAAAGUUUUAGGUGGUUAAACGAGGUCGUGAAAGUUGCUUGGCCAUACUUGGAUGCAGCAACUUCAGCGGUGAUAGUCAGCGCUUUAGAUCCGAUACUGCAAAAUACAAGGCCUAGUUUUCUGACAUCGAUAGAAUUUGAGCGCUUUAGUUUUGGUAGCGUUCCAGCCAUAAUUGAAGCGGUAAAGGUCUAUGAAGCAGGGAAUGAGGGCGCCCUAGAGAUCGAUCUACACGUCUUUUGGGCAGGUGACCCAGACGUUGUUCUCAAAAUUAGAGCCGCUCAGGCAGCUCUGGCGGUACCAGUCUCGCUCACUGAGUUCGAGUGUACUUUCACCUUGCGAAUGAUUUUCGCUCCACUUAUCGGCACGUUUCCGUGCUUCGGUGCACUUACAUUGUCAUUGACUGAAGAUCCUGUUGUGAAGUUCGAUUUACGUGUGGUUGGAGGAGACAUCACGCUUCUUCCAGGACUGGCACAACCACUUCGAACAUAUAUACAGGCACUCAUUGCAUCGUUUCUUGUCUGGCCUCGAUGCAUCACGGUGCCCAUUCCAAGUACGGGAUACUCGCUACCAGAUCGAGAAAGUGCAAACGCUGGCUUAUUGCACGUUGAGAUCCACUCACAUAACGACUCUGUAGGCUCGCCAGCUGAGAUAGCUCUUCAGCUGCGAUGGCCGGGAACAUCAGGUUCAAACGCAUCACAAGAAGUGCGACUACAAGCUUCACCAAGCGGUAGUUUUUUUAACUCACGAGAAGUAACACUUCCAGUCGAAGAUACAACGAGACAAAUAUUGAGUGUAAGGUGGUAUACGAGCGACGGUAAUACUGAGGAGAAGGGAAAAAUAGUUGGCGAAACCAGCUUGCUCCUGGAUGACAUUGUCCAGCAAUUGAAGGCUGACACCCAUGAAGACUAUAAGAACUGGGGUCCUAUUACAAUCGCUGCAGAGCUAGAGUCUGUAUUAUCAACGGAAUUAUCGGAAGAAAAAACCAGUAAAACUACUGACACGGUUUACGGUCGAGUGACAAAGUUGGGAACAGGCUUGUUCUCACGUAUUCGACGCGCAUCGUCAAAUGUUUCUUCCAAGUUUGUAGCGGACGCUAAAUAUGAUGCCAGCUUUGAUCAUUCGAAUGCAAGUACACGUAUUGUCCAGUUGACUGUGAGAUAUCAGUCACUCGAUUCUUUACAGGUGGCGGGUUUGGAAGACAAUGCCGAGCUAUAG